AUGAUCGUCAAUCGUCUGGAGAUUAUGGCUACUAGUCCCAGCUCUGUACAUUCACCUAUCGCAGAACGCACUAUUCGCCUACUUCAGCUCGAAGCAGGCUCAGCCGAUGAUCCCAUCCGGAUCUCACUUGAGUCGAUAUCACUGCACUCGAACCCCACCUGUGAAGCAAUCUCAUAUUGCUGGGGUGAUGCCAAAGCCCACCGAGACAUCACCUGCCAGGGUUUUGCAAUGUCCAUCAACACCAGCCUUUGGGGCGCCCCGCGAGAAUUUCGACACAGGUUUGAAAAUCACUCACUUUCGGCCGAUUCUGUAUGUAUCAACCAGCAAGAUAAAAAGGAGAAAAUGCGUCAAGUACGUAUCAUGCCGGAAGCCUAUGCAAAAGCCAAAUUAGUGCUGGUAUGGCUCGAUCCCAUGGAUGAGGCUGGUCUGCUUUCCAAUGUCUACACAUCUAUCAAAGAGCUGCAUGAGUUCUUUCCAAGCUUUGAUGACAAGGUGAUAGUUUCACCAGAGGCACGGCAGAAUCUGGUAGCGGAGAUGGCGCUUCGAGACCGCAGAGAGAGCUGGCCAAACACGGAUGAAUAUGAUUUGGAACCACUGGUCGAGUUUAUCGGACGUCCAUGGCUCACCCGCAAAUGA